ACUUACAGGUGUUUACAGUUGAGUUAUGGAUUGGGUUUGUUUUUUCAAACUCUGUAUUGAUCUUUUUGGUCGAAUUCUGAAUUCUGGGUUGUCAAUCAGUAAAGUUCCCAUUGUUUAGAUCCGAGAUUAGCCGAGGGGUACCCAGACAAAAGGCCCGCAGUGUGAGUGUGUGCGUGUGUGUGUGUGUGUCCGGCGGGGGUUGGCUGUCGUUCCCCUGUUGGAGGAGCUGUUCGGAUGGCGGGACGGAGAGGGAGCUAGAGUCUCCUCUCCACCUUCAACCAGCUGCCAUCCUACCGCUCCUCCCCCUCGUCCACCUCCUCCUCGUCCACCUCCUCCACCACCGGAGCCACUUCUUUCUCAUCACAUCCCGAGCAUUUUGGAGAUGUGAGGAUAGGGUGAAGACCUUGGUGAUAUCGAGCAGCCUGCGCAUCCAGUCGACCCUUUGACCUCAUCUUCAGCAUGAAUGGUGAUAUGCCUCAUGUUCCCAUCACGACUCUCGCUGGAAUCGCUAGCCUCACCGACCUGUUAAACCAACUCCCGCUGCCCUCUCCUUUACCUGCCACCACCGCCAAGAGCCUUCUGUACAAUGGAAGGAUCUCCGAAGAGGUCAGCAGCUUGCUGGUAUGCCGGGACGACAGUCUGGUGACUCAGCUGGCGCGCGGCCUCAACCAGGUGUCCACGGAACACAUAGAGCUGAAGGACAACUUGGGGAAUGAUGAGCCCGAGGGUGACAUGCCAGUGCUCCUGCAAGCGUUGCUCUCCAGAAACCCCAAGAUCUUCCGAGACAAAAGUGUGACACAACAACCGGCCGUGCCGCAGUAUAAGAUUUCACCAAACCAAGUGCACAGGAGUCCAACGCCAAACUACCAGCAGACUCCAGUAGCUGCUCAAAGAUCCUCUGGGUGCUUCACUUCGCAACAGUCCGGGUCGGGAGCUCGGUUCAUCUCGCAGCAGCCGCAUUCAAACAGCCCCAUACCGAGUCCUUACACUCCUCAGAGUCCUGCUGACUACAUGCAGUACAGUCCACCUAGUUACUCGCAGCACCAGCAGACACAGCAAGUUGCAGGCAGUAUUCGAAAUCUCCACAGUAAGGUAUCCGCACCGCUAUCAAGUAACCCGUCCAAUCACCUCGUCAAGCCCGGCUCGGAUGACGACUAUGUGAAUAUCGCGCACAGACUUGGAAAUGAGGACAAUGAGCACUCCAUGAUGGCGGCGUUGUUUCCAGUCAAGUCGCCACAGUCUGAGUGUUCCCCUGACGACGGCGAAGAACCUGCCAAAUGGUCAAGACCUCUGCUCAUCGUGCAGUCACCUUCCGCCGACGUCCCUCCAGGCGCGUCCCCCAACAGGCACCUUUCCUCUGCUGAGCGCAAAAAGAAGCAGAAGCAAAGGAGCAAAGUUAUCACCGAGAACGUGGACAAAAACACCUUGUACGACAUUGUUAGAUCUCCAGCGAAAGACUCAGCGAGGCUGACCUUAAAGCUGUCCCGGGUGAAGACUGCAGAAAAGGAAGAGUACGCCGAGCAUUCCCCUGGGACAGAGGAGGACAGCAAAGCACAUGUGAUAAACAGUAAAAACGAGUUGCAGAGCGCUGAGCAGCAGGAUGCGGAGUGCAAGUUCGGUGCCGAAGAGCCGCCGAACUGUCAGCAGGGAAACAGCAACGAGAGUGGCGCCGUCUCAGCCGCCAUUGUACUGGAUGACGCUGACAUCGACACACUAGCCGAGAUCGAGAGGACAGAGCGGGAGUCCGUCAGUGAGAGAUGGUCGAAAGAAGUCCAGGAUAAAGACAAGCCGCUGAAGAAACGCAAGCAAGACUCCUACCCUCAGGAGCCAGGAGCGGAGGAUGGACAAGGAGGCAACAGCGCCAGCAGCCAGUUGACACCCAAGAAGAUGAACGCUGCCAGUAACGGUUCCACUCGUCCUGCGUUGAUGGUCAGUAUCGAUCUGCAGCAAGCCGGACGAGGAAUAAGACAGCCAGUGGUGGUCCUCGACGCCAAGCAGCUGUGUGACGAACACAUCUUGCGCCUCAACGCGGGAGCGGGCGUAGUGAAAGUGGACGGGCAGCGCCCACCCAUGAAGAAGGAGCCAAGUGAUGAUUUAGAGAGAUCCGAUUUGGAUAUCCGUUUGAAGCAGAAGCAGGAAUCCAAACACAGAACAGACGGCAGAAACGACAGCAGCAAGAAACGUGGGGUCUUGCCAAGGGUGAAGCAGAACAGAGACUCCGAUUCUCGGCACAAAGAGGACAAGAAUCUCAACAGUCAACCGGAAACUUUAAAAACCUUAAGCAAGGCGGAGCGUAACUCCACUCAUAAUGACGACAAAGGCCGUGAGAAGAAGAAAACGAAAGAUAACAACGACACUGAUAAAGAUAAAGAAAAGGAUGUGGAUAAGGAAAGACCGAAAGAAAGGGAGAGGCUCAAGGAUAGGGAUAAGGGCCGAGACUUGGAUCGGGAUAAAAUGAAGGAUAGGGAUAAAGACACAGAUGUGGAUCGGCAAAAAGAGAAAGAUAGAUUCAAGGAUAGGGACACAGAUCGAGACAUGAAUAGGGAAAGAGAAAAAGAUAGAGAUAAGAUGAAAGACAGGGAGAAAAACAAAGUUAGGGAAAAAGAUGGCGAUAAAGAAAAGGACAGAAAUAGGGACAAAGACAGGGUGAGAGAUAGGGAGAAAGAUAGAGGCAGGGAGAAGGAUCAAGAGAGAGUUAAAGAAAAAGAAAAGGACCAAGAGAGAGUUAAAGACAAAGAAAAGGACCAAGAGAGAGUUAAAGACAAAGAAAAGGACCAAGAGAGAGUUAAAGACAAAGAAAAGGACAAAGAGAAAAACCGAGUCAGGGAGAAAGUUCUAGAUAGGGAUAAAGAUCGAUCGAAGGAAAAGGAGCGGGAUAAGGAAAAAGACAAAAUUCGUGAGAAGGAGAGGAACCGGGAUAAAGUCAAGGAAAAGGAGAAAGAUGACAGACAUAAAGAGAGGGAAGACAAGGCAAAGAAACACAAACCAUCGAAGGAUAACAGACGUGAGCUGUCUCUGGAUGGGACUCCCAAGCAGGACCACAAAACAAGGCAGGACGGGAGCAGGAACUCCGGCGAAAGGACAGAAAAGUCCACGUCUCAAUCCCCGCAAAAUAAAAAAGAGGGGAAAAGUGGGGGUGAAAGUGUCCCGGCUGCAAUUAAACAGUCUUCCCUCGAGAACAAACUGAGCGAAUUCCCCGCAUACCUGCUGAGCGGAAAUUCCAGGAGCCUGAAGAACUUUGUGAUCCCCAAAGUGAAGCGGGACGGCGCGGAUAAAGGCGCCCAACUGCCGAGCGACGUUGCCAUUGUUGACAACUGGAAAGAACCCCGCGUUUUGCUGGAGAGGAGGUCGCUGGUUGAGAACUUAAAAAAAGGCGCCAAGCCUGUUGUGACGCUCCGGCGACUGAGCACUGACGAAAUACACAGCCUCAAAAAGGAACUGAAGACCACCUACAAGUCCAGGAACUGGUCUUCUAGUCACAAAUCUAAAGAGACGUCAAACAAGCGCAGACACGGUAUGAUCAGCAAGACGCCAAAGUACGCUAGCGACUCGGAUGAAAAGGAGAGCGAUGGUAGCAACGACGACGACAGCUCCGAAGAUGAGGUGGCAAGGAAAAGGCAGAAGAAAGGUCACGACAAGACAUGGAAGCAUGAGGCCAAAAGAGGUCGUCACCGCCAGCAAGAUUGGAGCUCGGAUGAGGGCGACCGGGGUCCACCUCCGAAUCUAAGUGACUUGUCCAGAAAACUAAAGAAAAAACAUAAAGACAAAAAGUCGUACGAGAAGAUGCGGCCUGAGGAUUUGAUGGACUCUUCCACAUUUAAGAGAUUCUCAGCCGCUAUGGACAACAUUCUGGAGAACCUGGAGGAUGUGGACUUCACUGCAGACGAUGACGAAGACGGUGAUGAUGAAAUACCCCAAGAGAUGCUGCUCGGAAAGCACCAGCUGGGCGAGUUGGGCAGCGAUUCGUCUAAGAUUAAAGAUAUGGGCAUCUUUAAUAAGUUUCCAUCUGAGAAAAUAAUGAGAUUUAUGAACAUCUUGGAGAAGAACAUUCAGGAUAGUGUUAAACUUUCAACAUUAAUGAACCAAGGCAACGACUCAAUGGAUGAGGAGCGAUUAUGGCGCGACCUCAUCUUGGAGCGUGUGACAAAGUCAGCUGACGCUUGUCUGACCGCGCUGAACAUCAUGACGUCCCCACGCAUGCCCAAGGUUGUUUUCAUUGAAGACGUCAUCGAGAGGGUGUUGCAGUACACCAAGUUCCACAUGCAGAACUCGUUAUAUCCUCAGUUUGACCCCACCUACAGAUUGGAUUCCCACGGAGGUGGCUCGCAUAAUUCAAAGGGCAAGAAAGCAAAGUGUUCCUCCCACAAGCAGAAGACGGUGAUCCUGCUUUACAACAAAGUGUGCGACAUCGUCAGCAGCAUUUCAGAGCUGGUUGAGGUCCAGCUGCUCACGGACACCACUAUCCUCCAGGUGUCCGCAUUGGGUAUCACUCCAUUUUUUGUGGAGAAUGUCAGCGAGCUGCAGUUGAGCGCUAUCGGAUUGGUGACCGCAGUGUUCUCCCGCUACAGGAAGCACAGGCAGCUCAUUCUGGAAGAGAUCUUCAGCUCCAUGGCCAGGCUGCCCUCAAGUAAACGCAACCUUAGAAACUUCAGAUUAAACACCAGCGAUUUAGACGGGAGCAGCAAGUACAUCCAAAUGGUCACCGCUUUGGUUCUUCAGCUCAUCCAGUGUGUGGUGCAGCUGCCCUCAAGGGAUGCAGAAGAUGAACAUAAUAAGAAAGUGGACAAAGAGGCCCUCAUCACAAAUUCCUAUGAGACGGCAAUGAGAACGGCUCAGAACUUCCUAUCUGUGUUUCUCAAAAAGUGUGGCAGUAAGCAAGGAGAGGAUGACUACCGGCCUCUGUUUGAGAACUUUGUCCAUGAUCUUCUGUCCACUGUCAACAAACCCGAGUGGCCUGCUGCUGAACUGCUGCUGAGCUUACUUGGUCGCCUCUUGGUGCACCAGUUCAGUAACAAGCAGACGGAGAUGGCGCUGAGGGUGGCGUCGCUGGACUAUUUGGGCACUGUGGCGUCUCGCCUGCGCAAAGACGCGGUGAAUAGCAAGAUGGACCAGAAAGCUAUCGACCGCAUACUCAAGGAGGUAUUGUUAACCGCUAUGAUGCAAAAACUCCAGAUCUCUGUUUUUAAGAUCAUGUCCUUGCAGUCACCUGGCAAUGAUGAGACGCAGCAACUCCAGCGGGCCUUGCUCUGCUACAUAGAGGAGAAGCGCGAAAUAGAUCCCUCCCUAGUGUUUGCCAGGAGUUUCUACAUCGCCCAGUGGUACAGGGACAUCACAAGUGAGGCAGACAAGGCCAUGAAGUCUCAUAACGACGAGGACGAGGACCCUAAAGGUCGGUAUUGUGCCAACGACGCCGACACCACUGAGGACAUCAUGCAGAGGGCUGAAUUGCGGAAAAAGUUUCUGCGCAAGGUCAUCAGAAACUCACAUACUGGGGUCCUCUCUGAGACGAUGGACUACAAGGAAUCAUGUCUCAUUGUCCGAUAUUUAGCCUCCAUGAGGCCAUUGGCACAGAGCUUUGACAUUUAUCUAUCACAGAUUCUGAGAGUUCUCGGCGAGAGCGCCAUUGCAGUCAGAACUAAAGCCAUGAAGUGCUUGUCUGAGGUUGUGGCUGUGGAUCCAAGUAUUCUCGCAAGGUCUGACAUGCAACGCGGGGUUCAUGGUCGCCUCAUGGACAACUCCACUAGCGUGCGAGAGGCUGCCGUGGAGCUCGUCGGUCGCUUUGUGCUCAGUCGACCCGAGCUCAUCGAGCAGUACUACGACAUGCUCAUUGAGAGAAUAUUGGACACAGGUAUAAGCGUGAGGAAGAGAGUCAUUAAGAUCCUGAGGGACAUUUGCUUGGAGCUACCCGACUUCCACAAGAUCACAGAGAUGUGCGUCAAAAUGAUCCGGAGAGUCAACGAUGAGGAAGGGAUUAAGAAACUGGUGAAUGAGACCUUCCAGAAAAUCUGGUUCACGCCCACCCCCAGUCACGACACAGACGCCAUGACCAGAAAAAUCCUCAACAUCACAGAUGUGGUCCUUGCAUGUAAAGAUUCUGGCUAUGACUGGUUUGAGCAGCUCCUCCAAAAUCUGCUCAAAUCAGAAGAAGCAGCUUCAUACAAACCUGCUAAGAAGGCCUGCAGUCAGCUGGUGGACAAUCUGGUGGAGCACAUACCCAAUAAUGAGGAGCCUAUUGCAGACUGUGAGGACAAAGGGGUGGACUCCGGUCACCUGGUAGCAUGCAUCACCACCCUCUACCUGUUCAGCAAGAUCAGACCACAGCUGAUGGUCAAACAUGCCAUGACAAUGCAACCUCACUUGACCAUCAAGAGCAACACUCCAAAUGACGUCAUGGUGAUUUGCAAUGUCGCCAAGAUCCUUGAGCUGGUCGUGCCUCUGAUGGACAAUCCUAGUGAGAAUUUUCUCACAACCAUAGAAGAUGACCUCAUGAAGCUCAUCGUCAAACACGGCAUGAUGGUCGUACAACACUGUGUAAGCUGUCUUGGUGCUGUUGUGAACAAAGUGACGCACAACUACAAGUUUGUUUGGGCUUGUUUCAAUCGCUUCUAUAAUGCUCUGGCUAAACUCAAGACGCAGCAUCAGGAAGACCCCAACAGCUCCACUCUAAUCACCAACAAACCCACGCUGCUGCGCUCUCUAUUUACCGUGGGAGCUUUGUGUCGACACUUUGACUUUGACCAAGAGGAGUUCAAAGGCGCGAGUAAGAUCAUCAUAAAGGACAAAGUGAUGGAGCAUCUCCUGUACUUCACUACUCACACAGAUGAAGUAGUCCAGCUGAAGGCCUUGAUAGGUUUAGGUUUCCAGUUGAUUAUGUACCCGGAGCUCAUGUUUGUGCAGGACGUGAAGAGCCUCUACAACACCACCUUAUCUGACGAGCACAGUCUCGUCAAUCUGAAGAUCCAGGUGCUUAAAAACUUGCAGACGUACCUACAAGAGGAGGACUCACGAAUGCAGGAAGCUGAUCGUGAAUGGAAGGACAAGGCCAAGCAGGAGGAUCUGAAGGAGAUGGGUGACAUCUCCUCAGGCAUGAGCAGCUCCAUCAUUCAGCUCUACCUGAAGCAAGUGCUGGAGUCCUUCCUCCACACGCAGUCCGCCGUGCGACACUUUGCUCUGAGCGUCAUCACGCUGACACUCAGCCAAGGCCUCAUCCAUCCUGUGCAGUGCGUGCCGUACUUGAUUGCCAUGGGAACCGACCCUGAGCCAACCAUGAAGAACAAGGCUGAUCAACAGCUAGUGGAGAUUGACAAGAAAUAUUCGGGCUUCAUCCAUAUGAAGGCUGUAGCAGGGUUGAAGUUGUCCUAUCAGGUCCAGCGGGCCAUUGCUGGGUCCAACGAGGCAGUCCUUCGAGGUUUCCGCCACCACGACACAGACGCAGCCCUCUGCUCCCACCUGUACACUUUGGUCCGGGGUAACCGUCAAUACCGGCGGGCGUUCCUCAUUUCGUUGCUGAACAUGUUCGACGACAGCUCUAGAGCUGAGGUGAACCUGCUGCUCUUCGUAGCGGACAACUUGGCCUGCUUCCCUUACCAGACGCAGGAGGAGCCUCUUUUCAUCAUGCACCAUGUGGACAUCACUCUGUCUGUCUCUGGGAGCAACCUGCUGCAGUCUUUCAAGGAGUCUUUGAGGAAAGGACCGCUGCCAAAGCCAAAGAAGGUGAAGAAGAUAAAGAAGAAAAAGAAGAAAAAAACUCGCAAGAUGAGGGAAAGUUCUGAUGAUGAGGACAGUGACAAGAGCAGUAGCCAAUCCAGCAGCAGUAGUAGCAGCAGCAGCAGCAGCAGCAGUAGUAGUAGUAGUAGUCAAAGCAGCAGCGAGGAGGAGGACAAAAAAGUCCAGGGGCAGAAAAAGGCGGAUUCCGACUCCGACUUGGAUAACGAGGACGCAGUCAUAGCCCGCCUCCCUGAGGACACAAAGCCUCUGCUGGACUUUUCCAUCGCCUCGCAGGGAAUCCUGCUGCUGCUCAUGCUCAAACAGCAUCUGAAGAAUCUAUACGGCUUCUCAGACAGCAAAAUCCAGAAGUACUCUCCAACAGAGUCGGCCAAAGUCUACGACAAGGCCGUCAACAGGAAACCCAAGGUGCACUUCAACCCUCGCCAGACUAUGGAGUUUCUCAAGGGCGGUCUUAGUGGCGCGGCCAUCAGCAAGGAGACCAAAAAGGAUAUUGUCAAACAGUAUUUAGAUUUCAAAGUGCUUAUGGAGCACCUGGAUCGCGAGGAAGAGGACGAGGAGGGCGAAGCCAGCGCCAACGCCAGAAACAAGGCCAUCACCUCGUUGCUCAAGGGGCCCAAACCCCGAAACCACAACCACACCAAUCACACGGCACCACUCGAGUCAGACGAGGAGGAGAGCGAGGAUGAAGAUCCCCCGCCGCAGAAGUCAAGAAGAGGCGACGACUCCGCAGAGGAUUCUGCCAACAUGAGCGAGGGCGUGGCUGUGAUGGACGUCAUCGCCAUCUACUGCCCCAAAUACAAAGACCGGCCACAGAUCGCCCGGGUGGUCCAGAAGACCAAAAGAGGCUACAGUGUACACUGGAUGUCCGGUUCUUACUCGGGGCCCUGGGUUGUGGCCAAGAAACGAGAAGGUCGCAAGAAGGUGCCUUGGCUGGACAAUAUCAAGGAGUCGAACAUUAUUUAUAAGAAAAUCUCACUAACGAGCGGACAGAAGCUUACAAACAAAGUGGCACAGACAUUACGGGCGCUAUACGCCGCCAAGGACGGGACUAAACAUUGAUCAUCUGUAAUCACUCACACUCACGCGGGGAUCCAGUAUGUUACUGAGAGAUGUUCAAAUCUCUUUUCUAUUUCAGGACCUAUUAGAGCUGGGGUGCCCAAAGCGGGGCCCACAAAAUUCCUGCCCAUUGGCACAUUUUCACUUUGGCCCUUGGAGACAAAAGGUUUGGGCACCCCUGCAAUAGAGGAUCACAAGAAACACACCUGAAGGAAAUGUUUUGGGGAAAACAUUGGCGUGGGAGCUCCUUCGCUGUUGUGCAGCAACUUGGUUCAUUUUUACUCCCACUGACUUGUAUUAUAGUUGAACUAAAAUAUGUUUAUAUCUGAACAUAAUUCUGUAAAAAAAAGAAAGUGAAUGUUGGAAAUUAGUGUUAUUGACCAUGUUCUUAAUAAAGUGUUUUUUUGGAUUUUAAAAUAGAA